AUGCAGACGGAUACCGCAACUAGACGUCGUGGAAAGGGUGAACGCGAGAAGUUUCACUACUACUUGUCGUUCGUCGGCCAAGUUUGUCGAUCAGCCUUCGCUCACUGCCUUGGUGUAAAGUCACUUACAAUUCAGCGCUAUAAGCGUCGCGUUCGAGAGAGGAAUAUUGCAGCCAAAGAACAUGGCAACAAACUCAACAAGAAUGCCUCCUCCGUAGAUGUAGUUUGGUUGGUCAAGUGGUUUAAAGAGUUCGCUGCCGAGGUAGGUGACGUGGUACCAGUGCGGGUUCGCACGCAGAAAACUAAAGACGGCGUGGUGAACAAGUACUAUAGCCGUGAAGACUACACCCUGUUACCUGCAACGUUUAAUUGGAACGUUUGGCAUGAAGAAAUGCACAAGUACGUGGCUUUGGGUCUUCACAUGAACGAGCCCGCGCCUUCCACCAUCAGGAAGCUGCUGUCUAUCCACUGUCCAAAGAUUAAAAUCCGGUCUGAUCAGUCGAAUGUCUGCGACCUGUGCACAGUCUAUCAAACUCGCAUGCGUUAUAACGGUACGGCCGACCAAACCGAGGAACUGGGAAAGGACACGGAGUCGGCUCGCCGAAUGAGCGGGGAUGAAGCCUCCAGCGAUCUCGCAGUCAUUGUGAUGGAUUUUUCGCAAAACCUGACGAUUCCUUCGGUGGCAUGCACCCCAUCGCAGUGGUAUUUCUGCUCGUUGUUGGCGGUCAACGUCUUUGGGAUAUUUUUCGAUAACACUGGAACGCAAACAACUACGUUGAUUCCGUACGGCAACAAGCAUCUCGUUGUCUAUGCAGACAACUGCAUGGGGCAAAAUAAGAAUAACCACGUGAUCAAGUUCUUUGUGGCUCUGGUACACAUGGGUGUUCUCGAGCGAGUGGACUACAAGCUCUUUGUGAAAGGUCACACGAAGAACUCUUGUGACCGCGGAUUCGGCCACAUUCGCAAGCACGUUUCUCGCCAGGAUUGCUGGACAAUGAAUCAUAUUAUCUCCGCUGUGGACAAUUCUGCCACCUCCAACACUACCGUUCACAUCUCGCGUGGCAAUUUAUUUUUUACGAGCUACAAACCAGUAGUGACCGAGCUCUACAAGAACCUAACGAGCGUGCAGCAGUACCAGGUAUUCUCUAUGGUUAAAGAUCAGCCUGGAGUUGUUUUGUGCCGCAAAGGACCCGACAAUGAAGCAACUAGACAAGAUCUGCGACGAAACGUUGAUGGAGUUGCCACCGAUGACAUCAAAGUAGAUCGCAUCGAAAAGAUGCUAGAUCUGCACAACAAAAUCCACCCGUAUGUGCCGGAAGAGUUCCAAGAUGAUCCUAUCUAUGCAAAGCCAAGUGAGCUGCAACAGGAAGACGCUAAAGCGGCCAAACAAGCUCGUCGAGAACACCGAGCUUCAAUGGUUGCAGCAGCGAAGGCUAACCAGGACCGCCGAGGCAGGGACGUUCAGGAUGAGAUUCGUCCUACUCCCAAGACGGCUCGUAAACAAAGCAGAUCUAUUCUGCAACAGACACAUUUUGUUUAG